AUGGACGGGGCGGCCGUCGAGGAGAAGCGGGCGGCCGAAGGGCUGGGUACAGGGAGCAGGGCGCUAUCUGCAUGCCAAGGCAUAGCUAUAAAAGAAGUUGAGGGUACCUUGGGAACAAGAGAUAACAUCAGCCCCGUAAAGCUGGAAGAAGAUGGAAGAUACUGCACCCUGCAGACAACUGGGUCAGCCUCCCAAGACUCAGUGGCUCUUGACAGCCAGUUCAACCUUGCCUCAGUGUGUGGGCAACCAUCGAAUUUCCUCCGUGAUGUGAGAACCGUGCCCCUGUUCUCUGUGGUUGAACUUGUGCAGGAGCCCACAGGUCAGUCAGGAUCACCUGACCAGUGUGAGAGCUGUUACUCUGAUGGGAUUGAAAAGGAGGCAAAGAAGAAAAAAAGUAACAACAGAAGUGGAAUAUGUGCUGAGAAAGCAUCCAGUGGAAUCCUGGGAGACCUCUGCAGGCAGGAUGUGCGUGGCCCAGCCGCUCGCUGGUCGUUCAAAAGUGCCUCAGCCAACGCUGCAGCUCAGCAAUCCUACAAGGUGUCUUCAGCUCUGGAAUCCAAAAGUAGCCAUGAUGGGAUAAAGAGAAGAAAAGAGUUACUUGAGAAUCCAGAAUUUUUUCCACCAGUCAGGAAGAAGUCACGUACCUUCUAUAGUGCAGAGCAGCUAAAUGAGUUGGAGAAGAUGUUCCAGGAAGACCACUACCCUGACAAUGAGAAAAGGAGGGAGAUCGCAGCUAUGGUGGGCGUAACACCACAACGUAUAAUGGUCUGGUUUCAGAAUCGCAGGGCAAAGUGGCGGAAAUCGGAGAAUUUGAGUGUGAAAGGCAACAAAAAAUAUCCAACAUCUUCAACUCUGUCCAUCCCCUUUGGGUCAGAUUGUUAUGGGGCACCUGUUCUGCCCAUGCCUCCGUUGCCUGACAUGGCUCAUGACCAGUCUGCCAUGCUGAGUGUAGACACUACAGCUGGGAACUACUCCAGCCUGCUCAGUGGACAUCCUGCACCGCCUGCCUCCUCCUCAGUCCCUUCAGCAGGAGGAAUGGUGGCAUCUUCUGAAGCAGUUCAGGCAAAGGCAUUACCUCAACUCAACCUCACUUCCAGCAGAACAGAGUGCUUCCCUAGUCUUCCCAGCCCUCCCCCCAUCCGCAGGGCCACCCUACCUCUCAGUCUGUCCUUCAGCCACCACAGUCAUAUUGUUCCCUUGAUGUUGGACACUCCCAACAGUGAAUGCAGCUUGUCCAGUCAGGAAAAUGGCUCCAGGGAGGACUUCACCUACAACAUCCGGAAUCAAGGUUUGAGUUCACCAGCUUCCUGCAAUUACCCUGAGCAGUUGGAGCCAGCAGGCAACCUGGAGACCAUAUACUGCCAGUACAGCAGCCAGGGUGGAAUUUACCAGCUGCCCCAAUAUCUCCAGCAGCACCAGCUCUCCCAGUUCCACCAUCUGCCAAGUCACCUGGCCACCAGUGUGCUCUCCAGUGUCCACCCCACUGCUACAUCACCGACCGAGUCCCAUUCAGCUUUCCUCACCUUACCCGGUAACAGUGGAGUCAUAACCUAUGGGGCAGCAGGAGCCACACAGGGCUACCUACACAACUCCACAGGAGGACAGCUCUUGCUACAGCAGCCAAGUGGAAACUCAGCAGGCAUCACUGCCUAUCAAGCUGUCCCCUGGAAUGAUUUCUACAUGUACGGAGCUCCGUUCUCAAAUCAGUUCCACUCACAAAUGCCAUUUCCUAGCACAGCAGGGGGACAGUGCUGCACAGAGCAGAUUGCCUACAGCCAGCCACCUUGCCUGCCCUCCUCUCCAUAUCUUCUAGUCCCCAGUGGAACAACACUGGGAUCCAUGCCACAUACUGGGAAACAAAAAGAAGUCACAUCACCAGACCAGAGUUCAUACCAGAACUGCCAAACAGAGCCAGAGUUGACAUUGCAUGCUGAAAGAGAAGAAGCAGAGAGUAGCAGCAAGAAAGGAGAGACUAUUGUUGGUAACUGA